AGACUCUUGUCACGAUGGUCAGGCGUUCAAUGCGGCCCUUUCAAUUAGGUCCGGUUUGUUUUUUGCUAUGCUCGACGUGAGGCAUAUCUCACUUUGCAUCGGCUAAGUAUCUAGGUAGCAGGUAUAGUUACCCGUUGCAUCCGAAUGAAUACCCAAAUGCUAUUACUACAUGCACCUUUUAGACCGCGGGUGGACUCGAUGUCAGGUGAGUCAAAAGAGGAAAGAACAGUCGUCCCGCCUGCCCGAAGUCCACGGUCUACGUCUUAUAACUGCUCAUAGCGUCUUCACCACUGAAUUCUCUCGCCAUAGGGCACCAUCUGGCAUCUGCCGAAUUGACGCCAUGGCAAGACCCUCGGCUAGACAACCGUCCGGCGCCCGAACAGAGAGCCAGCAACAAGAAGAGCUCAUCCAGAAGCUCUUCAAGAAGCCCAAGAGAGACAAUAAGGAGCUCGAGCGGUUACGCGAGACGAUUGAGCGGGAUCAGCGAGAGCUGAAGGACCUGUUGCAGGAGAAGUUGCGGCAAACGUGAGUACUCACUUGACUGUUAUGAAAGGUUAUCUGACCCUGAGAAACCAGUAAGGAACGGGAUGAGCGCCGCAAGGAAGAGCUCGAAGCCCUGAUCACCCAAUCCUGGCGUCCUGCACCGCUAGAA